CCAGCUUCCCCGGCCCCACGUGUGUUCGGGCCGGAGUGGUGUGGUGAGCUGCUGUGGCUGCUUUUGGUGAGGUUGCCGGGGUCUGGAGUGCGGCGGUCCCCAGGGGCCACGAGGACGUCACCAUGGACACAAGGAGAGGUCCGGCUGUCUGCAGUCUGGAAGAGGACCCUCACCAGAACCCACCCACUCUGCUCUCGGACUUCUAGCCUCCAGAACUAUCCUCACAACAAUCCUGUGAGAUUGGCAGCACAGAUAUUAGGGUCCUCCGAAGCAUCCAGCAUCCAGAGGCUGAGAUGCCAAUGGCUGUAUCCAGUGGGGAGGAAAACUGGGGCUCAGAGUGGUUAGUAACUUGCUGUUGAUCCCAGAGCUGCUAAAUGUUCAAGAAAUGUUCAAGCCUAAAGCACCAAAGGGAAAAAGUGUGGGACGGGAAAAAAAAGUCAUCCAUCCAUACAGUAGAAAAGCAGCUCAAAUUACAAGAGAGGCUCACAAACAAGAGAAAAAGGAAAAGCUGAAGAAUGAAAAGGCGUUACGUCUCAACCUUGUCGGUGAAAAACUGCAGUGGUUUCAAAAUCAUCUUGAUCCCAAAAAAGUGGGAUAUUCAAAGAAAGAUGCUUGUGAAUUAAUCGAAAGGUAUUUAAAUCGAUUCAGCAGUGAGCUGGAGCAGAUAGAAUUACAUAACAGCAUCAAAGACAGGCAGGGGAGGCGGCACUGUUCCCGGGAGACAGUCAUCAAGCAGACGAUGGAGCGGGAGCGACAGCAGUAUGAGGGAUAUGGCCUCGGCAUCUCAAACUUGACAUGUCCCAAAGCAAAGUCCAGCUUGCCUCCUAAAACUUGCUCCUCCUGCAAGAUCUGUAUUUCAGUCAGUGGCAUCACCACUUGCCCAGUUGCUCAGGUCAGAAACCCUGCAGUUGCUUUCGCAUUCCACAUCCAACUCAUCAGCAAAAUAUGUUUAGGAUCUGAUGACUUUGACUGCUACUACCACCGUCUCCUUAAUUCAAGCCACCGUCAUCUCACCUUACCAUUGUAACAGCCUCCAGUUGGUCUCCAUACUUCUGCUCUUUCCUCCUAAGGUCUAUUCCACAUGUAGCUGCCACAUUAAUUAACAGUAAUUAACAGAGCACAUCCAAGGUAAAACAUUUAUUGGUGAUAGAGCCAGUACUAAAACUCAAAUCUGGUGUUCUGCCAACUCUGCCACAGUGCUCCUUCCACAGUCAGGGAAUGUGGUGAAAGAAGGUUUGUGAUCUCUAACAAGUUCAGAAGUGUGUAGAAAUGUAGGCACAUUGUUUGUCACCAAAAUUCUAUUUAGAUAAGGUUCAGAAAAGACUAGAUAUUAACACCUCCCCCUCCUUGCCGCAUGGUGGUAUAACUAUUUCUGACCCAUUUGAUUAGGAUUUCUUUAAAAAAAAAAACUUGUGCUUAAUUUACACCCUUUAAUCACCUGGCCAGUCAUUCUCUUAUGUUCUGAAACUGUUGUAAAACAAUGAUGUCAAACAUUUUUAUUUUCUCUUUUUUAUUAAUUGAUACUGGGUUUUAAUUAAUAUUUUACUGCAUUGCCAGAAUUUUUGCCACAGUGUUCCCAUUUUUGUUACACAUGCCUCUGUGUUCCUGCAAUAAGUAUGACUAUGCAUAUUGAAUUUUGAUAAACUUUCUGAUCAUGGUAAGGAACUGUCGUAUACCUAGUUUUUAUUAAAAAUGGGCCUAAAGUUUUUUAACUUUUUUAAGCAUCUAUUGAUUAUAGUUUGUCUUUACAUUUUUUUCACAUUUUGAAUAGUGUGAUUUUUUAAUAUUAAAUAAUGUUUGCGUUCCUCAGAUGAACUCUCCUUUGCCAAAGUGAAGUAUAUUCUUGAAAAAAGUGUACUUUUCACCAAGAAAAUAUGUAAAACAACCUAGCAUGUUGUUUUAAGGGAAUUGAUAGUUAGAAUUUGCCAGGUAUCUUUUAUGGUUUAAAAGGACAGGGUUUAUUUUGUUAAUAGGUUUGUUUUAUUUUACAGAUUCUGUGCUAGAAUUUAUUUUUUAAUAGCGUUCUUAAAUCACCUUCUUUUGAACUGAAAAAUGAAGAGCAAGCUAAGUCGAAAGUUAGCAGAAUAUGUAUCUAUUUUUUUUUUUGAGGAAGAUUAGCCCUGAGCUAACGUCUGCU